UUCAUAAUUUAUCUUGAGAAAAAUAAUCCAAAAAUUAUUAGACGUCGGCUAACUUUAGUAUCAUAAAAUCAAACAUAUUUAGUUUAAAUAAAAACAAAUGGCAUAUUAGCACAAGUAGACAGUCGAAGGUCAGGAACAAACUAAAAUUUAAGUGUAAAGUGCAGCGCGCAUUUAUUAUUUAAAACUGGAAUUUUUACCAUCGCUAGACAAGUGCCAGCGAUGCAAUUGCGCUCUUGUGCCGGUUAAAUUUUCUAUAAUAAUAAUUAUUAUUAUUGAGACUGGAAUUCACCAAAACGCACAGAUAAAAAAAUGGUCCGUCUGUCGAGCAUCGUCAGGGCCGCGGCUUUCCGUGCUGUCAUUAUCGGAGCACCAGGUUCUGGAAAAGGAACUGUGUCAUCUAGGAUUGUUAAAGAUUUUGGGGUUAGUCAUAUAUCUACUGGAGACAAACUUAGGGACCACGUGACACGUGCUACUGACUUAGGUAAACAAGCAUCGAAAUUUAUGAAUGAAGGAAGUCUGGUACCUGAUGAAUUAAUUAUCGAUCUUGUUGCUCAUGAAAUAAAAGCUGUCAAUGGCGCUAAUUAUUUACUAGACGGAUUUCCAAGGACAAUAGAACAAGCAAAAAAAUUACAAGAUAAGUUUCCAGUUAAUUUAGUAUUAAAUUUAAUAGUACCCCAUGAAGUUAUUAUUGAACGUGUACGUAAUAGAUGGGUACAUUUGCCUAGUGGGCGGGUUUAUAAUAUUGGUUUCAAUGAUCCUAAAGUACAGGGCAAGGAUGAUGUUACUGGUGAACCAUUGAGCCAAAGAAUCGAUGACCGACCGGAAGUUGUUGCCAAAAGACUUAAAAAUUAUUCACUCCAAACCGAACCAGUCAUUAAUUACUAUAAGACACUGGGUAUUGUCAAAGACUUCAAAGGAAAUACGACCAAUGAAAUCUGGCCUAAAAUAAAAGAUCAUAUCGCUGAGUUUCUUGCUGCUAAUUAACUAACGUGAGUUGUCUCGGUGGAUUUUUUAUUACAAGUCACUCAGUCAAGAUAUUUUUAAGACAGAAUUAAAUAGUACAAGUUACUUAAUAGAUUUUAUUAUUAAUGGAGUCAUUUUUUUUUUAUUUAUCUGAAUGAUGAUCUAAUUUUCAUGAACAAGUUAGCAGACGAUUAACAAUUUUCUGAUUUUUUUUUUCAACAAAUUAAUUACGAAAAAAAAAAAAAUUUUUUUUUUAUAGUUUAUAGUUUUUAAAAAAAUUAUUAAACGUCGGCAAACUUCAGUCUAAUUAAUUUGAUAGCCAAGUUAAUUUAUUAUUUAAUUAAUUACUUGACUAAUAAAAUUGUAUUGAUUACUGACUAGAUAAUUUUUUUUUAAUUGAGCUCAGUUUAGUGUAAAUUAUUUUUCAAGGCGAAAAAUAAUUAAAAUUUACUAAAACUCGUACCGGCUGACGAGU